AGGCCAUGACCCGGCGCUGGCGCGCGGAGGAGACAUGGCGGCACGGGGUGUGCGGCUGAUGCCUUCGCGGUAUCCGCUGGUGCGCGCGGCGCUGCGGACUUCACGGUUCCUUUGUACAGCCACACAACAGAAAAGUACUAGCCAAAACUUAGAAGAGGACCAGAGUCAGAACCAAAAUGCACAGAAGACUGAACCCACCCCUGCUGAGAAGACACUAGUAGAAGAUAAAGUCAAAUUGGAAGAGCAACUAAAAGACAUGACAGAUAAGUAUAAGAGAGCUCUGGCAGACACUGAAAACUUAAGGCAAAGAAGCCAGAAACUGGUAGAAGAGGCCAAGUUGUAUGGGAUUCAGGGAUUCUGCAAGGACUUACUAGAGGUUGCUGACAUUUUGGGAAAAGCAACUGAAAGUGUUCCAGAAGAGGAACUCAGAGAUGAAAACCCUCACCUGAAGAGCCUGUAUGAAGGUCUUGUCAUGACAGAAGCACAGAUUCAGAAGGUGUUCAAAAAGCAUGGCCUGCUCAAACUGAAUCCUGUUGGAGCCAAGUUUGAUCCCUAUGAGCAUGAAGCAUUGUUUCAUGCUCCUGUGGAAGGAAAGGAGCCUGGCACCAUUGCAUUAGUAUCAAAGGUUGGCUAUAAGCUGCAUGGGCGCACCCUGAGGCCUGCCUUGGUAGGUGUCGUAAAGGGACCUUAGCUGCUUAAUUGGUAGACAUUUAAAAAUGCCAUACAACUAUUAAAUAGAUGGAUAGUUUUCUUCCUCUGCAUCUUCUCAUCCCUGUACUUUGUGGAAGGCUUACAAUUGGCCAGUUGAGUUGCUACGGUGAAAAACAAAGUAAAUGUUAUAGAUUAAGUCACUUAAUGGACUAUAAAUAAUUUGAAGGGCCUACAAAGAACAUUUUAGAUUACAUUUCAUACUUCAGGGGAGAGCCUACAAGAGCCAUUAUGUCACCUUGCAUUUUGGAUAUAUCUUAUCUGUUAUAAUUGUAGCCGCUGAAAGUGUGUUAAUGACAAACAAAAUGUAUCCACAGAAAGAGUCAGAGCACUACUUAUAGUGAAAGCAGCCUUCAGACUCUCUGCACCUUCUUUUGUAUUGUAUUUCCUAAUAUUGAAGUAGGCACCAGCUCUCUGCAAGUGUCCAUCAACUUCCAUGAGUCAGCGAUGUUCAUCUACUACUGUCUCUGCUGGUCAGGAACUAUUUCUCUGUAUUGUCUCAUAUUCCACGAGUGGGUUGGUUUCUCUUAACAGCAGACAAUGCAACCUUUUGAGAAAUCUCAUCUAUUUAGAAGAUGGUAAAUAAAAUGCAGUGGAUACCGGACUCCCUCUGUGGCCUUUAUUCAACUCUUCAUAUUCUGUAGGAAUUAAACUCUACUCAAGAGAACCAUUAAUAUUUGUAUGGCAUUGAAGCAGAUAAAAAUAAUUUAUCCAGUCUCUGGAUUUUUGAUUUAAUACAAUAUAAAUUAGUUUAAACAAUCUUA